AUGGGAAAACUUUAUCGAGUUGGAAAAGAGAAUAAAAGAAGUAGUGGUGGAGUAAAUCGCAUCAGACCACUGAAAAUAUAUUUGCUUCAAUCUAUCACUUGUCUACAACCGAAACUAGAUCUGUGUCUCAUCGCAUUAAUUUGUGUUCUUUAUCCUUUGCCAUUUGCCGACAAGAACAGAAGAAAAAAAAAUAAAAAUGUGUGGGGAAAGUUUGCGGACGAGGGGAAAGAAUAA